AUGGAUGAUGAUGUAGCUUAUUCUUCUGACCCAGAAGCUAUAGACUUCAAUGAAGAUAUAUUAUUAGAUCUUGAAAAAACUGAAUUGGAUUUGGAAUUGGAUGAAAUUGAUAAAAAUGUAGAGAGCUAUUAUAAAGUGUUUGACACUAAUUUAAUUGAAUAAGCAAAGUUGAGCAAUGAAAAAUUUAUUAAAGAGAUGAAGAAAUACGAUAUGAAACCAGUGGAGGAGUAUCAGUCAUUUUUCAAUAAUUACUUAAUUUCUGAUCAAUAUCUCACUCCGUAAAGAGCCUUAUAAUUAGUGGAUAUGCAUGAAAACUUGUAUUUUAAGUGUAUGAUGAUAUAAGAGUUAAAUGGUAAUGACUAAUUUUCAUAAGAAUACGUUGAAACAUUUAUUAACUUAUCUAAGUAAGCAGCAGAUUCAAUCAAAUUAAACGUUUAAAAAAUGCCUCCAAAAUUUAGAGACGAACUCAUUAUUUUUGCUAUUAGGUUCUAAAAGUACGAUGCAGUUUCAGCUGAAUUAUUUCUAACCUAUACAUUAAGAAAAGAAAACUAGGAUUUGCUGCUUUCUGCUCCAGGAACCGUAGCUCUUAUUUUAUUCAUGGCUCUCUAACCUCAUAAAAUGCACUAUAAAAUGCUUAAAAUAAUUCAUCAAGACCCAGUAGGAUUGAUAGAAAUACCACUUAUAUUUGAGUUUUUAGUCAAAAAUAUUAAAAAAUCUCCAUUUGAUAUGAUCAAUAAUAAGGAAAGGAUGGAGAAUGAGGAAAUAAUCGAUAAUUUUAUUUCAAAAUUAAUUAACAAGCAUUAUGACGAUGAUGACAGCUUCAAAUAAAUGUACACAAAUUACCUAAAAUGUUAUCUAAAGUAUUAUCAAUAUUAACCCAAAGAAGAAGUCGCUAUUUUCUUAGUAUAAAAUUGGUCAAGCUACAUCAAGAGCAAUCCUGAUCCUCAAUAUACAGUUAACUAUUUACUAUAAUAUAUUUUCUCUCGAUAGAAUGAUCAAUUAAGUAGCUAAAUAAAAGCACUAUUGCCCAAAAUCUUAGAUGAUCUUCUAGAAAUCCAGUAGAAAAAUGAGCCAGAUAAAAUGAAAAUUCUAGUUUAAAAAGGAUUAGAAACUACAGAUAUAGAAAAAUUUUGCUCUCUUCUUUAGCUUCUACUUGCAUCCAAGAUUUAGAAUAAUGAAAUUUGUGAAAUAGCCAUCAAGAACUAUUUAAAGAAUAAAAACAAAAUGGAGAUCACAUUAGGUUCAAUUAACAAAAUCCACAAAUAUUUUUAUGCUCAUUCUGAUAUAUAUGAGACUAGGGAAAUUUUAAAAGAUCUAGAAAUGCAAUUCAAUUAAAAUCUGAGUUCUAUGGAGCCUGCUAAAAUUAAAACUUACUUAAACGUUAUCUUAGGCUGCGCAACAGUCUUCACCAGAUAUCAAAGCAAAUUAUUCAAUCCUAUAAUAGAUGAAUCAAUAAGGUCUAAUCAUGUAGAGCUUACUAACAAGUGGAGUGUUGAAGAUGCAGUUUGGGUAACAAAGAAGCUUGUUUCUAUUGGUAUAACGAAAUCACUUCAUAUCCUUGAUGAUUACAUUUACGACAAAAUAAGCACUAACUACAUACAGUAUUAAGAGAAACCAGAUAUUAUCCAUGAGUAUAUCAAGACUAUCUACAGCAGAAAGAAAAUUGAGAAGUCAAGCGCUAAAAAGUUCCUAUUGCUAAUCAAUUAAUUUAUUGAGGUCAUCAAUAUUGAUCCAAUUAUCUAGGAUGAUGUCAGAAAGGCUGUUGGAAAAAUUGAGGAUAGUCUCACUAGUAGCUGGACAGAGGAAAGAAAGCUUUUGAAAAAAAUUAUUGAUAAUAACAACGAAUUUUUCAACUAGCCAUAAUUAUAGAUGCAAGCGAAAUUAGAAGAAGAUGAAAUGUAGGAUAAAAUUAUAAGGGACUUGCUGAAAUGA